UCAACCACAGGAACAGUCAGAGAAGCAUAAAUAAAUAUAUUUUACAUGCCAAAAUGGAGCAAGUGGCCAGAAAACGUAGAACUCCGUUUACACAGGAAAAUAAACCUGUGAAUAAAAGGGCCUGCACCUUGUCAACAAAACCACCUCCAUUAACACUAGUUCAAACCGUUAAAAAACCACUCAAUAAGUUUUCUACCGAUCUUUCGAAUCUUCCGCCAGUUCCCUCAGUCGAUGCUUUUGAACGAGGAUAUCAAGUAGAAUCUAUUUUGGAUAUGGUACAAAAUACUCGCAAGGAGCAGUUUCUAUUCAUCAAAUUUAAGAAUCUCUGUGAACCCGAACUGGUACCUUUGGAACUGGCCGUGGAACGUGUCCCUCACCUACUGUCCAGUUUUUACCAGGAAUACGUCCAGGCCUGGCAAAAACUGAAAAAGCAGAAGAUGGAUAUUUCCCCACAAAUUUAAGGAAGAAAUUUCCCACUUUAAAUUGGAAGCGUGCGAGUUGGGAAGCUGCCACGCUUUUAUGCCGCAUCCUUUUGUGCAGUCUCGCGUCGAGUUUUAAAUAAUUUUAUGCCUAUUUGCCUCGUGCAGCUCGCAAAAUUUCACACCUCAGCCAUCAAAAGUUGGGAAGGACGUGCGUGCCUGAAGUUUCUGCCACACGCAAAUAAAGGAUACCGAAAGGAUACAGAAACGGCUUUAACAUGGGUGUUUCAAAUAGGGCCGUUGCGAAAAUGGUUAUGGUUAUUAGUAAUAAAAAAUAAAUCUACUGUGGUAUCCUUUAAAAAUAA